GAGUUCUCGUCCUCUUUUUUAACCUUCCCUGGUCCUUCCUCCGUCGAUGACCAGAAGGGAGGCCAGACUGCAGCUUCCGAAACCACGCAACGUCUGCUGUUAAUGAAACUUGCCUGUAACUGCCGUGGGCACCAACUGCGUCGCUGAGUAGUCACCUCAGAAGCAAUGCUCUGGAAAGUGCCCCAGUUGAGACUUAAAGAUUCCGAACACAUGAUCCUCAUGUAUGGUAUAGUGGCCCCCAUUUUGAUUUGAGUUUCACUGUAUUUUGACAUCCACAGAUCAUCUGUCCUAGUUCGUAUCUAAUUAACUAGUACUCACCUCUGAUAUUCUAACUCACAGCAAGAUUGCAAGAGAAGGGAUGCAUUUGGGAGGGAGGUGCUGUGGCUGCAGCCUACAAAUCCAUCAUGUGGGCUUCCCCACUGAACACUGAGGUAACAUCUCCGCCCUACAGAGACGUAAGAAUGGACUCAGAUAUCAACUAUAGUGUGAUCUGGCUACUUGAGGUGCCCCAUUGAAGUAAGAGAUGAGACUGAAAGUCAAGAUGAUUUGGUUAUGGUGCAACAGAGUACAGAGAGUCCAACAUUCCUUUGGAUUAUUGUUCAGAAAAAGUUAUGCCUCCAAGAAAACCCUUCCAGUACUGACCCUGUUCACAAAGGAUCCAUGUCCUCUUUGUGAUGAAGCAAAAGAAGUCCUCAAGCCAUUAAAAAACAGGUUUAUUUUGCAAGAGGUGGACAUCACUCUUCCAGAGAAUUCAGCUUGGUAUGAUAGAUACAAGUUUGACAUACCCGUCUUUCAUUUGAAUGGUCAGUUCUUGAUGAUGCAUAAAGUAAAUUUAUCAAAGCUUGAAAAACAGCUGAAGAAACUUGAACAGCAAAAUAACUGAAGUAGACUCAUACCAAAGUGGUUUUCCCAUAUUAUGUAAAUGUAAAAUUCCUCAAGAAUGUGACCGGGACUACCUUCUAAGAGUGAAAUGACCAAGUUUGGCCUCAAAGAAGAGAUAAGACCACUCCUCCCACAGCUUUGUAGAAAUGGAGGACCAUGGAUGUGUAAAACUACAUAUAAUUACAGACUUUUUUGAUA